UUCUUCCAGUCUUCUCCUCUUCUCCUCUUCUCCUCUUCUCUCCCCUCAUCUCCAUCUCCAUCUCCUCACCGCCGUAUCUCCGUUUACAAUCUCUCCAUCAUUCACAAUGGGCGUCACCAAGACCACUCUCGUUGAAGGCAACGGCCAGCAGUACCCCAAGAAGGGCGAUGUUGUGUCCAUCCACUACACUGGCUGCCUCCUUGAUGCCUCCCAGCCCAACAAGAUGGGUAAACAGUUUGACAGCUCCCGUGGCCGUGGCGUCUUCAAGACCUCCAUCGGUACCGGCCGUGUCAUCAAGGGCUGGGAUGAGGGUGUCCCCCAGAUGAGCGUUGGCGAGAAGGCCAUCCUCGAAAUUUCUCCUGACUACGGCUACGGUAACCAGGGUUUCCCCGGCCUGAUCCCUCCCCAGUCCACCCUUGUUUUCGAGGUUGAGCUCAUGGGCAUUAACUAAGCUUUCUGCUCUGCUGUGCUCUGUUUGGGAUCGAACUUGAAAAUGAAAAACGGCGGAUCUUGUCGAUUUACUUAGAUCAUUAUUGUCGUCAUUAUCAAUGAAGUGUAAUGUGUCUGUCGCCGGGAUUGAAACCGGUUGACGAUUGGGGAAUUUCCUAUGUUUGUAGUGUGUACUGUAGGGAGGAGGGACUGGGUAGAGGGUAAUGGUGGUCUGGUUAUCUGAUCGAUUGAUCUAAUCGUAAAACGUGAAGAAAUGAAACCGGGGUCUUUAUCACAUGAUAUUCAAUCAACUAAUC